CGUGGGCUCGUUUGUGAUGUAACAGGAAGUAGUGGGUUGGUUUCCAGCGUCAGGCUGACAGCCGCUUCAGAUGCGCUCAUUGCGCGCCGGAGAUCCGCUCUGAUCGCCUCCCUGCGCAACAGCCGAAGCCUCGGAGGAGCUUCUGAGGAGAAAUCCCCCCGAAGGCGUUCAGAGAUCCAAUCCCCUGCUGCUGCAGAUCCGAAACUGGUGAAUUGUUAUCAGAUCCCAACAUGGCUGACAGGAAGUGGGGGAGAUUUGGAUGGAGUCGGAUGGCGGCUUUGAUGCUGUUAUGUAAUUUAACCAGGUUUCUAGUGAAAGCCAGCAUGGAGGUAAAUGAAAGCCAGCAGCAGCAUCCUACCAACGUCUACCAUGACAUCGGAGUCACCAGGAACAAGAUCGUUACGGCGCAGUUUGAGUGUUAUCAGAAGAUAAUGAAGGACAACACACACAGCAGACAAGAGCCCAUGUGCAAUCGGACCUGGGAUGGCUGGCUGUGCUGGGAUGACACUAAAGCAGGAGUCACGUCUGAACAGCACUGCCCCGACUACUUCCAGGAUUUUGAUCCUUCAGAAAUGGUGACAAAGAUCUGCAGCGAUGGCGGUCAGUGGUUUCAGCAUCCUGAGAGCAACCGGACGUGGACCAACUACACUCGCUGCAAUGAGCACACCAAUGAAGGCAUGAUGACGGCUAUGAAUCUUUUCUACUUGGCUCUUAUCGGACACGGACUCUCACUCAUCUCCCUUUUCAUCUCCCUCGCUAUUUUCUUUCAUUUCAAAAGUUUGAGUUGCCAGAGGAUCACCCUUCACAAAAACCUCUUCUUCUCAUUUGUCCUGAACUCUGUGAUCACCAUCAUCUGGCUGACGGCGGUGGCGAACAACCAGGAGCUGGUGCAGAGGAAUCCAAUGAGCUGUAAAGUGUCCAUGUUUCUGCAUCUCUACCUGUUUGGGUGUAACUACUUCUGGAUGCUCUGUGAGGGCAUCUAUCUGCACACGCUGAUCGUGGUGGCCGUGUUUGCUGAGAAGCAACACCUGAUGUGGUAUUACCUUCUGGGCUGGGGCUUCCCUCUCAUUCCUGCCUCCAUCCACGCCAUUGCUCGAGGUUACUACUAUGACGACAACUGCUGGAUUAGCUCCAAAACAUCGCUGCUCUACAUCAUCCAUGGUCCCAUCUGUGCUGCUCUCUUGGUGAAUUUGUUCUUUUUAUUGAACAUCGUGCGAGUUCUCAUCACCAAGCUGAAGGUGACCCAUCAAGCAGAGUCCAGCCUCUACAUGAAGGCGGUCCGGGCCACCCUCAUCCUGGUGCCACUUUUGGGAAUUCAGUAUGUGCUGCUUCCCUACAAGCCUGGAGGACGUGUCUCUUCAGAGAUUUACGACUAUAUCAUGCACAUACUGAUGCAUUAUCAAGGUCUGCUUGUGGCAACCAUCUUCUGCUUUUUCAAUGGAGAAGUCCAAGCAGUUCUGAGGCGACACUGGAACCAGCAUCACAUCCAGUUUGGCAGCAGCAUAGGAAACCAUUCGGACGCCAUGCGCUCGGCCUCCUACACGGCGUCCUCCUUCACUGAGGUGCAGGGCUGCUACACCAUCGACGGUCAAUCAGAACACAUGAACGGGAAGAGCUGCCACGACACGGACGUCUCCAUCCUAAAACCAGAAAGUCCCUUCGCCUGACAGCUUUCAUUUUUUUUAAACUCAGUCCAUCCUUUUAACAUCCUGAGACCUGCAGCGUGUUCCGUGGAAACAAGGGAAGCUGAGGAAAUAUGUAGGGAAGAGGAUUUGGAUGGAAACAUUUCUGUAUCAGCCUCCUGCGAGGUGAGCUCCCAGCAGCCGGACUGGGACCAGCUUGGAUUAUCCGAACACGGUUGCAAUCUUUCUUCCUCACAGAAGCUUUGAGCUAAAGAACCAGUGACUGUUUGUUCUUUAUUCAUCACACUGUGCACAAAAACCUUUUGGUUACACUAAGUUCUUACGAAGCGGUUUGUGCCAUCUUUACCUUCUGGCUUCAUCACAAAUAAUAAAAAUGGGACAAAAAAACAUGUAAAUCAUAAUAUAUUACAGCACAUCAUUUAUCAUUUUACACUUGAUUUAUCUCAACACAUUCUAGUUUAUCAAAAGAUGACAGAUUCAGUACCAUUCAGUAUUUAUUAAAGAUGAUUUAAUGCUUUUUUUUUUUGGAGGAAAACUGUGUCAGCUUAACAUGAAAUUUCAGAGCAUCUUGUUUACCAUUCAUGUUUUAAAUGCAGAUGAUCAUCAUUUCUAACCAAAACGCACCCUUUAAAUCAUAGUAGGUUUUGAUCUCCGUCAGGGGAUUUGUUUUAGUCAGAGACGUUACACAUGCUGCAGAAUCUCAUUUACAAAUGAAUGUAAAGUCCAUUCCUGAUCGACGGAUUUGAGCAUGGCUGAUGGUGAGACCGUAAAAUUCACUGAUGAAAAUCUGGUUUCCAUUAUGCAAAAAUCUGCGGUUCGUCGACAUAUUAUUGAAAUUAUUUGGAUUUGUUUCAUUGAUUGGAAUUAGGAGCUGAUCCCCAAGUGACGACUAACAUUAAUAUAAAUUCGGCAUUAGAGAAAUAAAGAUAAAAAGCAGAAAAACUGCAGAAUAAGUCAAUAUUUUAACGGUAAAAUAUCAUUCCAUUUUAAUUUCAUGAAAGAGACAUUUUAAUUUGAAAAUCAGGCAAAUGAAGUCUAAUUAGUUUCUUUAUGAAAAAAUCUCAUUAAAGUUGCUGGUAUUUAGUUGGAUAGUAAAACUUCUUAAUGUCCAGUUUCAUUGCAUUUUUAUUUAACACUUAAAAUACAAGACAUAGGCUGAAAUUGGUGGAAAAAAUAGAAAAAUAAAAUGCUAUUUGAUUGAAAAAGAUCUAGAAGCAACAUUUUAAAAGAUUCCACAGUGCCAAAGAGAUGGAUUAACAUUACAUGAGAUGGAUUACAUUAUUACAUGAACAACAUGUAAUAAUCUUAAUUAAAGAGUAUCAAUAUGAGACAACAUUCUCACUCUCUCUGCACUGUAAACAAAAUCUUUUUGUCUCAAUCAGCUGAUCAAACGUAAACAAAACAAUCCUUUCUUCAUCAGAUAUGAACGUUGUCACUUAGCUCUUCUGCGUCCUGGUUUUACAUCCAUCUCAUCCGUAAUGCUGGGAACAUGAAUCAGAUGUAAGAUGUAAAUAAUGUUUUUGUACAUGUGAGAAUACGAGUGCAUGAUUUAUAUAUUUAUGAGAAGCAUCCAGCCUCUGCGUUGUUGUGCUGUAGGCCAACGUUGGAGGAGGCGCUGCUUCUGCAUCCGUGUGACUUUCUGACCUGUCAUCACCCCCGUUAGGGCCUGUCACCUCUCCAUUGUGCCUGCGUUAGAAAACAUGAGGUUGAUAAACUCGAUUUGUGGUCCAGAGAAAUCAUCCUUCAACAAAAUGUCACUGACGUCGUUGCUGGCUGUUUGUCUUUUGAAUGUCUCCCGUUUCAGUCUUUAAUAUGACUGUGAUGACUAACGGCGCUUCGACAGGAAGUGCUACUUCCAAAAUGAUCUGUGAGUUUUAUUAUAUCUGAAUUUUAAUUUCUCUUUUUGAACAUGAGAAACGUUUCUCUUCGAUUCUUUGCGAGGCCUUUUGUGACGCAUCAUCAUUUAUGAGUAAACUCAUGCAGACUGUGGUUGUGUAAACUCUUGUGUAUCUUUCAUUUUGCAUAUUUAUGUCUAAUAAAUUUUCAUUUUACUCUCCAAA